CGUCGUUAGCGGUUCUUAUAUUAAGUUUUAACUUGUGAAGUUUUCUUAUACAAGAACCGCUAACGACAUUAGCGGUUCUUUUGAAAAAAAAAAAAUAAAUAAAAAAAAAAAAAUACCAAUCUUCCAACCAACUUGCGUGAAAAAAAAAAUAAAAAAAAUAAAAAACCAAAUCAAAGUUCAUUAAAUUCGUGCCUUUUCAACCUCCCUAGAAAGUCACUAAACCCCUUCUCUCAAAAACCCCUCACAGCCAAAACUUUGCCGGCGACGGUGCCGUUGUCUAUAUAUGCCUUAACCCCACUUCAAUUUCUACUUCACAGCAUCGGAAGCGCAAACAUAUUUUCAUACUCAAAUUCUUAUAUAUAUAUUUUUUUUUUGUUUUUUUGGUGAAAAAUUCAAAUAUUUAUUCCCUACUUUUCAGGUUUGCUUCUUUACAAUCUUUGCCCUCAUUAAGACGAAAUUAUCCUACCGUUGUUUUGGUUGAUACAUGAUUUCUCAUUGAAGGAACCAUCAGUGGUAAAAGAAGAAUGUCUCAUUAUCGUGUAGCACCUCUACACAAACUCCUAAGAAAUGCCAUGGGGAUUAGCUGCACCAGCAUAACUUCUUCCACUAGAACUCCUGCUGGAAUUGGUCUCUUCUCUCGGCGUCUUCUUCAGCCGUUGUCAUAUUCACCUCCCCGAUAUUAUUGCGCCAAUCAUGUCUCAAAUAUCAACCCGGUUGCCCUACAAAUGGUUGAUUAUGCUCUUGGCCUUGCUCGCUCUCAGAAAACUGAUGAAUCAUAUGGGGAAGCUUUGCUGGUAUUGGAGCAGGGUCUAUCUUCUCAAUCACAAGAAGGGCCAGAUGCUACUGUAGAGAAUACCAAGGGGGUGAUUUUACUCGCUAUUUCUAGUCUAUUGUCUGAAAGGGGGAAUAUUGAUGAAGCUAUGCAAGCCUUGCUGAUGAUCCAGGAUUUAAGUAGCUCUUAUGUUGGUGUAAGAGUUGCUGCAAUGGAAGCACUUGUUGGGCUCAAUUUAGAAAUCGGUUUGGAUGAUACCUCAUCAGUGCUCGCAGAUAAGUGUUUGAAACUAUUGGAGCAUGAAAGCUUGGAGACUGGUGAUGAGCGUGGCUAUAAAGUUUUUAGUGCACGUUCUAAAGCCAUUAAAGGCUUGGUUGAGAUAGUUCAUGGAAAUAUGGAAUCAGCCAAGGGCUUCUUUGAAGGUUGUCGAGAUGAGGGCUGCAUUGGCAAUGCAUCUCUGUCAUAUGGUGAAUUCUUGCAUGCUAAGCGGGACUUCAAUGCUGCAAAGGAGUUGUAUCAAAAGGCCAUUGAUGAAUCAUCUGAGAAGAAGAAUUUCAAUUAUCCAUAUGACUUGGGGGCAUGCAAUAUGUCACCAGAAGAAGUUCUGUUGGCAGCCACAUGUGCUUUGGGGCAGCUUGAGUCUCAUUUGGGGAAUUUUGGGGAGGCAGAACUGAUUAUGACAAGGGCAUUGAAUAAAGCAGAAGAAUCUUUUGGCACACACCAUCCUAAAGUGGGAGCUGUCUUAACUUGCAUAGCACUCCUGUAUCGACAGAAAGCAAUUGCCGAACGCUCAAGCUCUCUCUUGAUACAAGAGGGACUCUACAGGAAGGCUAUAGAUAUGCUAAAAGCUCCUCCAUUAGAGACAGAUGAUGCAAAAGCAAAUGUGGAGCAUGUUCGAGAAAACGUGGAUAAAAGGGAUAUCGUUGCCCUUGCCAGAGGGGGUUAUGGUGAAGUACUUAGCGUCCAGCAAAACAGAAAUGCUGAAGGAGAAAGAAUGCAGAAAUGGGCAGAGGCUUGGUGGAGAAAUCGUCGGCUAUCACUUGCAGAAGCAAUCGACAUAUCCCAGUCUUCUUCCAAAGUCCUGGUACUUGAUACUAGGAUAUGCAGAGCACUUUAGAUGCUGAAACAUCCUUCUGUAUCAAAAGAUCUGUGAGUCUCUAGAUGCUGUACAAAAUAAAUCAAGCAACUAAUUUUGUCUUGCUACCUGAUUUGUACCAUUCUACAUUUCUGCUGUCAUGUGGGGUAAAUGAGAACUUGUGUUUGUUUUAUGGCCUGUCUGUGCAAGUACAUGGCAAUUUUGGAUUUAGUGGGUAAAACACUAGGGAUUUCUAGUUGCUGAUCUGUUCUAAGCCAUGUCUAGUCUAAAAUAAUUGUAUGAAAUUGAUGUCUAUCAUAAGGAAUAAUUUCAUGUACAUCUUAAAGUGCUAUGGUAUAUCAUAAUAUUAGAGAGAACUGUGAAGUUGCUCUUCUUAUGAUAGUAAUGGAGGCAUAUAAGUUGUCAAGAUGGUGUAGAAAGUAGCUAUUUUCCACUCUUGGAGAUUGGCCAUAUUGCUCAUUA